AUGAGAAAUAAUUGGAGUUUUAACCCAUCGUGUGUAUUUAAGGAAGCCGACUAUACACUGGAUGAUUCGUUUUGGAGCGCAGAGGGCCCUUUUGGUACCCUACAGGAAGACGCCAAAAAUGAUGUAGAAGUGGAGCGGCUGUUACGCGAGUAUCCACAAAACCAGGACCUGGUGCGCAACAUCGGCUCCCACUUUUACCAAAUCAUCUACCCCGUGCAGCUUCGCCACCACGAAAAGAUGGGCAUUUCAACAAGGGAGGUCAGCACGCCCAAGGGUCGAGGUUUUGGUUCUGGUUCUGAAUACCAGCAAGGCACUCGGAUGCGCGCACGGACCGGCAAACACUUUCACCGCACAUCACUGCUCAUCAAAGCCUUCAACCAUAAGUUCCGUCUUGACCUCGAGCUUAAUACG